UGAAAUAAUUUAUCGUUACUCAAUUUAAGAUGGUGAAUAAUAUUAGGUAUAUUUAUAUAUUAUCAUGUUUAAUGGUAAAUUGAUUUAAAGUGAUUUAAUAAAAUAUUCUGACAAUGUAUUAAUGUCGCUGCAUUGGGAAGAUUUUAACAAAUCUAUAGAUUUUGGUAUUGCUCUCUGUUAAUGACAGUAGAAAAAAAUAAUUUUAUUAACUUAAUGGUAAAUAACUCAUUAUUGAUCCUGUCUAGCACAUGUGUAUAUCUUUUUUGGAACUAUUCCUACUCACAUCUUUACAAAUAGAAAAUUACUCUCCGGGUGUUUUCUUCAGUAUAGCUACUAUAUAUGAUACUGCUGUAUUCGCAAGGAUCCUCAGACUACCUCUGUUAAGUACCUAUGUUCACACUAUUUGUGUAUCACUAAGUACCAUUUUAUGAACUGAUAGGAUUUCUAUAUCUCUUCUUCUUCCUUGUGCUCCUUGACCCUCAACAGUAAAUAAUAAAUGUGUUUAAUAGAUAAAUGUUACUGUGAAUUUGAUAGUCACUUCUCUGUUCUUCUUAACACUUUACUUUACAGUAAGGAAUUGCCUUAUUGAAAAGUUCAGUGUGUUUUCAUAAAUCCAUAAACCACACACAGUGCUAAAGUUUGCAUGUGAAGAAUUCUUUUUUAGAAUCUUUCCCCCUAUUGAUGCUUGAAAAGGAUAUUAUAUGAUUAAGUACUAUUGAAAUAAUUGACAAUGAUUUGUGACUUAUUUAGCAUUAAAAUCUUUAUCUAGAAAGUAAUGAAUCAGAGAUGGAGUGUGCAAACUCACUCUAAAGGGAAAGAAUAGGUCCUAGACCAACACUUGAAUGUAACCUGACUAAAGAUACUAAAUUUUUUUUUUAAAAGAAUGUAUCAAUCAGAGUGGAUUUGAUUAGUAAAGGAUGCAAAGGAUACUUAGGAAGGAGACUUUGACAGUGUCCAUUUAAACACAGGGGAAGAAGGUUUCUCUGCCCAAGGGUAUAACCUGGUCCCUGGUUCAGUCACAAACAUUUAUUGAGUUCAUGUUAUGUUCUGAGUACUUGGCACUAGUAUGCAAAGACAAAAUAUGAUUCCUGCCAUCAAGAGUGUAGAAGCUUCUAUGGGAGAAUUGAACACCCCUUUUGAGAGGAAUGCAUUCCCAGUCUUACAUAGAUGCCAUUAAACAUCAACAUUGAGCUACUUCAACCUUAUAAUUUUGCUUUCUCUUUCAGUUGCUAUAAGGACAAAAUGUUCUGCCUAGUUAGUGAAACCGUCUAAUUCUCCUACUGGUUAUACUCUUCAUUAAAAAUAACUGAAUUGGAUCUUGGUUUCAGUUGUAUUAGUCUCCCAUGAGGUUGGUUAGUGUGGGUCACAUCCCUGAGUCCAUCUUCAGAGCCGUGCUGAGACCCUGGACAGAUGCCCUGACAGCACCCUGACCUUGGCGUGUAUGUUUUCAUUUGAAGUGCCUAUAGAUAUAUCUCCUGAUUUUCUCCAGCUGUGUGGAAGUUAUUAUUGGAUCAGUUAAAACCAUUAUUCACACAGAGCCAUAAAAUAAUUUGAUUCUAAAGCCUUUCCAAUAGGAUGCUAAGUAGGAAAUUGAAGUCACAAUUUGUAACUUCUCAAUAAGGCUUCCUUCUAAGCAAAAGUGGUAUUUUUCUAAUCUUAUUAUUUGUAUCAUAUAAUAUAGUUAUUUUUUUCCUAUAUAUCAGUUUUUUACAACAAAUAUAUACUGCUAGGGUAAAGAAAUUUUGAUAUUGUGUAACUUUUCCAGUGUUUUCUAGUGCUUUUAGAAUGAAGAGCAAAACCCUACCCCCAGCCUAUGAAGAUGAGCGUGGUCUGACCGUUGACUCCUGCCCUGGGAUUACUUCCCCAAGUGGCAUGGACUACUUGGAACAAAUGUAAGCUAUUUGAAAACAAAGAAGACUCCUCAGCCUAUUAUGGAAAUAGAAGAGGAAUCUGCUGAAAGGGUUCAGUUUCUUAAGAGCAGUGGAACCUCUAUCUUAAGUAUUGACAGCUUAGAGGCCAAUGAGAUAGUAGUUCCUGAGCUCAAUCAUAGCGUUCUUGGAUUGGGAUUGGACACAUUAGAAGAGCAAGAGGAAAAAGAGCAAUUUUUUGCCAGGCUUGAGAAAGGCUUCACAUUUUCCACUGAUUACUCAAGAUUAAAUGAAGAAUUGGAUUCUAAUGACUCCACACAUUUUAAAGCUUUACAUAGUAAUCAAGCUAAUGUGGAACUGACUGAAGAUAAACAUGAGCAUGAAUCAAAACAUGAAGAACUGGCAGAAAAUUAUAGUGAUGAUUUUGAAGAUGAGGAGGAUAUUGCUGCACCUUGGACUCCUAAAGAAGAGACUAAUUCCAAAGAAAAUUCCAAAUCAGAAAAAAUAAAUGUACCUAAACAGGAAGAAGAGAAAACUGGCAUGCUGGCUAAUGUAGUGCUGCUUGAUUCAUUAGACUCUGUUGCAGAGGUCAACCUUGAUGACCAGGAGAGAGCAACAACUAAGCUAGAAGCACUGCCAGAUAUGACUGAUAAUGAAAUGACAGGAACAGGUGUUUCUUAUGGACAGAGCAAUAGUGACAUUGAAGCUCUACAUCAGGCUUAUUGUCAUAUUGCCCAUUCUUUGGGAGAUGCAGAUGAACAAAGACCUGAGCGUAAUGCAGUGGAAAAUACCAAGAACUCAGCAAAAGAUCAUCCUCAAGAAAAUGAAGGGUCCUCUAAAAACAUCUGUACUACAGAAUCUGAUCUGCUCACAGUAGAGGAGCUGAUGAAGCCCAUCAGAAUAGAUUCCUUUGGGGUCAGUGGUUUCGAUUUACAACCUCUCAGCUAUAAGAAACUGGCUGAGAAUAAAGAAUCUGAAUUUGUUAGACCUUUACCCCUUAAUAUGAACCCAAAUGUUAUGUCUGAAGAACCACGAACUGUGAACCAAUUUUUGGACAGAAAUGAAGAGAAUGUAGUUUUAGAAAAGGCAACAAAUGAAGGUACAGAAACUAACCAUCCAAGAGUAAAUACUGUGGAAGAACAAAUAGAUAAAAUGUACCUUGAUAUUUUGAAGAAAAAAAUAUCUGUUGGUCCUUCAUUAUUACCUCAGGAUGACAAAGUAAAUAAGACUUUUAGAUCUCAACUCAAUUCUGGAGAAGAAGGGACUGGAAUUGGUAAACAACUACCAUACAAGAAGACCAGAAGUGCACCUCCUUUAUUUAAAAGAAAACCCCAGAGUGGAUUAUAUGCAUCAGUUAGGAGCUCAGGGUAUGGCAAACCUAGUCCACCCUUCAAGACAUUUUCUAAUCUUGAAAAGAAAACUUCAAAGGACAUUAUGAAGAGCAAAAGCUUGAGAUCCAUUCCUACCUCAAAUCAGGCUAAGAAAAAAGAAAUCUUAUCUGGAACAAGACUCAUCAGGCCUGCAGCUUUGGGUAAACCAGCACCCCAAACUGAAAGUUGCCUGGCUACUCCUAAGAAGUCUGAAGGCCCUACAGAAGCUGAUUCCUGUGUUCAGGUUCAGAAUAAUUCUUCAGGAUACCAUGGUGGGAACAAGGAGACAGAAUUGAUUAUGCUUAAAAGAGUUCAGGAAGCAGAGGAAAAAUGGAGGGGUGCCCAAGCCCUAAUUGAGCAAAUUAAAGUCACAUUCUCAGAAAAGGAGAGAGAGCUGGAAAAUAAGAUGGAGGAACUAAAGAGACAACAGGAAAAGGAACUCUUCAGACUGAAUCAAGACAAUUACAUUCUUCAAGCCAAGUUAAGUGGCUUUGAAGAAUCAAACAAAAAACAAAGGUGGUUGCAUUUUGGAGAAACAGCUGAUGCUGUCACUGAAGAAAAAUUGAAGCAAAUCCAAAAAGAAAUACAAGAACAAGAGACACUUCUUCAAGGAUAUCAACAGGAAAACGAAAAAUUGUAUAAUCAAGUGAAAGAUCUCCAAGAACAAAACAAGAAAAAUGAGGAGCGAAUGUUCAAGGAAAACCAGAGUUUAUUCAGCGAGUUAGCUACCUUAAAAGAACAGAUGCAUAGAAGUCGUUUCCUGUCUCAAGUAGUUGAAGAUUCAGAGCCCAUCAGAAACCAGAAUUUUACAGAUCUGUUAGCAGAACUACGGGUGGCACAGAAAGAAAAAAACAGUUUAUUGGAAGACAUCAAAAGACUGAAGCAGGACAAACAGGCUCUUGAAGUAGACUUGGAAAAAGUGAAGAAAGAGAGAGACCAAGCCAAAGACCAGAUUGCUUAUGCCACAGGUGAAAAAUUAUAUGAAAUAAAAAUUUUAGAAGAAACACAUAAACAAGAAAUAAGUCACCUGCAAAAAAGAUUACAGUGGUACGCCGAAAAUCAGGAACUUCUGGAUAAAGAUGCAGUUCGGCUUAAAGAAGCAAAUGAAGAAAUUGAGAAGCUGAAACUUGAGGUUGAGAAACUGAAAGCUGAAUCUGGAAAUCCAUCCAUCCAGCAGAAGAUACGUUUAAAAGAAAAAGCAACUGAUGCCAAAAAAAUUCAGGAUCUAGAGCGACAAGUUAAGGAAAUGGAAGGAAUUCUAAAGAGACGAUAUCCCAAUUCUUUGCCUGCUCUAAUAUUGGCUGCAGCAGCAGCUGGUGAUACAGUGGAUAGAAAUACAGUGGAGUUUAUGGAAAAAAGGAUAAAAAAACUAGAAGCUGAUCUGGAGGGCAAAGAUGAAGAAGCCAAGAAAAGCCUUCGGACCAUGGAACAGCAGUUUCAGAAAAUGAAGAUUCAGUAUGAGCAGAGACUGGAUGGACAGCAGCAGCUACUUGCCUGCACAUUGAAGGAGGCGUCCCAGAACCAACAUGACAACUCCUCCAGAGUUAAAGCACUGGAGAAGGAACUGGGUGACGCCAAGGAAACCCAUCGAAUCACUGUAAGAAAUCUUGAGGCUGAAAUAGAUGUUCUUAAACGUCAGAAUGCUGAAUUGGAGCUCAAGAAAAAUGAUAAGGAUGAUAAAGAUUUCCAGUCUAUAGAAUUCCAGGUGGAACAGGCUCAUUCUAAAGCUAAACUGGUCAGACUCAACGAGGAGCUAGCUGCAAAGGGGAGAGAGAUACAGGACCUUUCAAAAACUGUGGAGAGGCUUCAGAAGGAGAGGAGAAAGAUGCUCUCUAAUCAGCACAAUAAGGCUAGGGAGGAAAUGACUGCCAAAAGGGUGAAGAAAGAUGUUCUGCACCCGGGUAAAAGAAAUGCUAACUCCUCUGGAACGCUGGAGGGCAAGCUUUACCAACCACAUACUUUUACUGAUUCCGAUAUUUCAGAGGUUGUACAAGAAAACUGCAGAUUGAAAAAUGAACUGGAGAGAUUAACUGUGGAGAGGAAUGAGCUGAAGAUGAAAUCUGAAGUAGCAGUGAACCAAUUUGAAAACUCCAUGAAAAGGUUCAAGGAAGAAACUGCAGCACACAUCACAUCCCUCAAAGCAUCUCAUGAGAGGGAAGUAGAGAAACUCCUUUGCCAAAACGCAGUCGAAAAUUCUUCUUCCAAAGUAGCCGAACUGAAUCGUAAAAUAGCAACUCAAGAGGUACUUAUAAAACAUUUCCAAAAUCAAGUUAACGAGCUGCAGGGUAAACAAGAGUCUCUUGUAGUUUCUCACGUUCGAGAAGAAAUCCUACAGAAAGAGAUUACAAAACUCUUGGAAGAAUUGAGAGAAGCCAGAGAAAACCAUACACCAGAGAUGAAACAUUUCAUGGUCUUAGAAAAGAAAAUUAAACAGAUGGAAAUGAGACAUGAGCAAAGAGAGCAGGAGCUUCAACAGAUAAUACAGCAGACGCACCAAGUAGUAGAAACCGAGCAAAACAAAGAAAUUGAGAAAUGGAAAAGACUUGCACAGUUGAAGAAUCGUGAGCUGGACAAGUUCCGCACGGAGUUAGACUCGAUUUUGGAUGUUCUCCGAGAGCUGCACCGGCAGGGUGUGGUCAUGCCAGUUGCUUUGGCAGGAGAAGUAAACGCAACAGAGUAUUACUAGAAACUUGCAUGUCAUGUGACCUCACAGAAAGGCCUGAAGAUGGACGGUGGAUGGGGUCUCUGUCAGAAGGAGGCUUUUGAAAAAAGUGUUACAGUAUGUUGCCAGAACACAAAAGCAACAUUUCAAAAUAAAUUACCUUUUACCAAUUAGGAGGGGAAAAAAAGAGCAGCAUUAAUGGUGUAUUUUACUGAAAAUCAUUAACCAGUCACAUUUUAAAUAAUUUAUGGACAAGUUACUUUUUGUCAGGUGACUAGAACUAGUGAGAUUUAUUGCAAAAGGUCUCACGCUAGAUAUGCAAAGAAAACAAAGUUGCAAAUACUUUGCCAUCAUUGACUAAGUGUGUAUUCUUAAUUCCUGGCCAGAAGAACAGCUCCUCUUUCCCACAGAGACACAGGAAAGAAUGUGAGCACAGAGGCCGGGACAGUCACCAGAGUAGUGGCGCUUCAGUGAUCAUUUUGAUGAGAGUUGUAACUUCUGUACAAGUAAAUAGGAAGUGAACUCUCAUGUUCUCCCAGAUUUCCACUCCUACCUCUAGGUGCCUCAUUUUGCACCUGAUAUAAAAGUGCAAAAUAUAUUUCACAAGUAAUAGGGAAAUUUGAUUUUUUCACUGUUUUAAUCUUUCAUGCUACAUGUCUUAAAUGUCAGUCCCUUUUUUGUAACUUUAAGGUUAUAAACAGAAUAUAACAUUUUUACUUCAUUUAAAAAGUGAAUAUAUGUUCACUAGAAAAAAUUAAAAGCAUGCAUAAAGGUAGCCAGAUUAUUCUUUUAUUUUACAAUUUCAUUUCCAAAAGCAGAUAGUGAGCAUUAUAAGAUAACUGGUAAGUUAAAGCUGUAGCUACUUUGUUUUCAUAUGUUCUGGCCCAGUAGAAGGAUCGUGUGAGCCACAUGUAAUUUUAAAUUUUCUAGUAGCCACAUUUAAAAAGAUAAAAAGAAACAAAUGAAGUUAAUUUUGGUAAUUUAUGUAAUAUAUCUAAAACAACAAUAUAAAAAUUGGGUUCUUACAUUCUUUUUUUCAUACUAAGUCCCCAAAAUCUGGCAAGUUUUCCAUUUAUAGCACAUCUCAGUUUGGACCAGCACAUUCCAAGUGCUCAAUAACUACAUGCCAGCAAGUGCAGUUCUAGAAUAAUCAUUACAAAGUAAAAUGCUUUAUAAAGGACAGUUGAAAUAAAUCUUAGUGAAAUUAUAGGUAGCAAAUGUGAAAUGUAGAAAUUAAAGGAAUGCAAUUAAUGUCCAGAAUUUUUAACGUCCUUUUCCUAAGA